AUGUACGAUAGAGCACCACGUAGCUUACACCUUGGAGUAGGCUGUACACCAGAUCAUGUUGGACCUGGCACUUAUGAUCAUCGACGAAAAAAAAUUCAUGAAGAAGGCUAUGCUCCGUUUCUAUCACUUGCAAAUCGUGGUGAUGUAUUUUCCAAUGAUGAUAAUCCUGGACCAGGCCAUUAUGAUGUACGAAAUACUCAAACAUUAACAAUUAAAUAA